AUGGCCGAGGAAGCGGAACGAUUUGUUGCGGUCGGGAAGCAGCUGGGCCUGGAAGGGACAGCGCUUCAGGAAUUUUUGCGCGAGGAACGAGCGGUGCAUCGCGAGCGCCUUAAAGAACAGGAGCAGCGAAAGCGCGAAGACGAUGAGCGCGACAAGGCGCGGAGCGACCGGCGUCUCCUCGAAAUAGAAAAGGAGCUUGAGCUACUGCGCGCGAAGAGUGAUUGCGCAAGCAGUAGUGGUGGCUCCGAAAGCCUGCCCAAUGCAGGCCUAGUGACAGCGCAGUUCGCGGGGGUCAGUCCCCAAAGACUACUGGCACCCUUUAACGACAAGUCGGACGACCUCGACGCAUACCUGACGCGCUUUGAGCGAGUGGCCGAAGCCCACGGAUGGGCGAGGGAACAAUGGGCCACGGCCCUCAGUACGUGCCUGACGGGCGAAGCCCUUAGUGUGUUCGGCCGCAUGCCAGCGUCGGAGGCGUUGGCCUACGACAAGGUUAAACGGGCCCUCCUACGUCGUUUUCGCCUCACAGAAGAGGGCUUCCGGAAGAAAUUCAGGACGGAAGCGCCCCAGGAUGACGAAGCGCCAUCGCAGUUUUUCGCCCGGCUCGAGAAUUACUGGGAGAGAUGGGUCCACCUCUCGGAGGCCACGAUAUCCUACGAGGGCAUCAAAGACCUCCUCCUAGCCGAACAGUUUCUUGAAAACUGCGAGCCCGCGCUGGCGAUGUUCCUGAAGGAAAAGAAGAGCCGGGACACCCUGGAUAUGCUCCAGAGGGCCGACGAAUAUGUGAGCGCCCGCGAUACAAUCAACUUCGGCAAGCGUGAGGCACAACAAGGAGGGCAAGCCGGGGAGAAUCCAGACGCAGACCGAGGCAGGCGACAAUGCCACAGUGGGACGGGGCUCCGUUGUUACCUAUGCUCACGACCGGGACAUGUGGCGUCACAAUGUACGAGCACCAAUAAGAAGCCGGAACCGUCGAACAGGGAGCAGCCGGCCGCUAGUAAUGUUUUGGCUUGCCUUGAGGAGGAUGGCUACUUCGAAUUAAAGGAUGGCCAGCACGUGCCCGUCGUAAAUCUAGGCACUUCACCAGGCAUGGGCGAUCUGCCUGUCGUCGAGGGCCGGGUUGCCGGGCACACUGUGAAGGUCCUGAGGGACAGUGGCUGCAACCUCGUUAUAGUCAGCCGUGACCUUGUCCAGUCGUCGGAUAUGACAGGCCGGUACCGAGCCGUCUACUUCAUAGACCGUUCGGUAAGAACUUUGCCCGAGGCUCGAAUCAGAAUAGACACGCCCUACUACCGAGGAGAGGUCCUGGCGGCAUGCAUGCAGGACCCACUCUUCGACCUUAUCCUGGGGAACAUCGAGGGUGCCCGAGCCCCGGCCGAGCCAGACAGCGCGUGGGGUGAAGCCUUCGUGCGGGAUGAACGCGACUGGGCGGAGCCCUCAAUGGCAGAAAGCCAGCCUCCGGCUGCAGCUGCUGUUAUCACACGCCGGCAGACACAACAGCAGUACUCCCAGGCGUUCCGGAGAUUGCAGGUGCCGUCCACCCUGGCUGGGGUCACUCCCGAGCAAAUGAAAAGGGACCAGCAGCGAGACACUACCCUGCGAAAGUUCUUUCAGCUACACAGGGAGCAGCGCAGCGGGAAGUGCAAGGGGGGCGGAUCAUUCAACAUCCGAGUGAGGGACGGCCUGCUGUACCGUGAAUACGUGCCAGACUCGGGAUCGAGCACGGUGCAGCUGAUAGUGCCGAGGCAACACCGCAGCAAAGUCCUGCACCUUGCACACUGCGGUCUAAUGCCGGGUCACCUCGCAAAGAAGAAGACCGCGGACCGCAUACUGGCCAACUUCUUUUGGCCGGGAGUGCAUGAAGAUACACGCAGGUUUGUCGCUUCAUGCGACAUUUGUCAGAAGACGGCCAGCAGUGGGUCUGUAGGGAGGGCACCGCUCAAAAAGAUACCUCUAGGAGGGCCAGUUCGCGAACUCGCGGGUUUGGGCCUUGCCCUACAGGAGUACGACUUUAACGUGCUCAGCGUCAAGGGUGCGGAGAACGUGGGGGCCGAAUUGGCAUGA